AUGAUCAGUUCCAACAGACCAGUCAAAAUUGUUGUUCUUGGAGACGGCAUGGUUGGGAAAACAUGUCUAUUAAUGACAUACACAAGUGGACACUAUCCUUCAGAAUACGUGCCCACAGUUUUUGAAAAUUACUUGGGUUCCGUUAAUGUUGACGGGAAAGAGCUAGCAUUCGAAUUAUGGGAUACAGCUGGACAAGAGGAAUAUAGUCAUUUACGACCCCUCUCAUAUCCAAAUACGGAUGUGAUCGUUUUGUGUUUUGUUUCUGUGAGGAUAAGUUCCUUGGAGAAUGCAGAGAAGAAGUGGUGUCGAGAGAUAUCUCAUUCGGAACAUCUCCGUGGAAAACCCAUCAUACUUGUUGGAACGAUGAGCGAUUUACGCGAAGAGGUAACAAAAGUCAACGCAUCUUCUGUCAUAACAUACGAAAAA